GAAAAGAAGGCGUGUCCAUCCUGCCUCAGCCCGUACCAUACACAGUAAACAUGGGGCAUUCCCAGGGCUCCACAUGACACUGACAAGGGCUUCACUUCCGGUUCCCACCUGAGGGGGGUCUCGGCGAUGAAGCCGGCCGCUCUGCUAGUGUGGAGGCGCUGUGCCAGUCACUGGAGGGCGUGCUGCAGCGGGGUCACCAGGCUGUCCUCCGCUGCCCCUCGCGCCUCCAUGUCCCUGUGUAGCCGUGCUGUGAACCUGCCUAGCGGCGCCCCUCUGCCUGGUCUCCUGUGUACAGCAGCCGUCACCUCCCACCCCUCAAGGACCCUCUGUGCCUUUGGCGGUAGCACGUUCUGCUGGAGUUGUCAGUCGGUUGUCAGCAGCUUCCGGCUCUUCUGUCCAUCCUGCAGAUCCAUACAGCCUCCUAAUGAGAGCCAAGACUUCUUUCAGCUCCUGGACUGUGAGCGUUCAUUUAAUAUUGAUGUUCAGGAUUUGCAGAGAAAAUACAGGAAUCUCCAGCGUUUGCUUCAUCCAGAUUACUACAGUCAGAAGUCAAAGCAUGAACGGGCUAUUUCUGAAAGACAGUCUUCGCUGGUUAACAAAGCCUACAACACCUUGUUAUCUCCAUUACAGAGAGGCAUAUAUCUGUUAAGUCUUCACGGCAUUACGAUUGCAGACGGUACCGAAGGUGGCGCAGAUGCACCCUUUCUGUUUGAAAUCUUAGAAAUCAAUGAGAAACUCAAUGACCUGAGCACAGAGGUGGAAAUUGAAGAAGUCGGGACUUUUAUACAAGAUAUGUGUCAGGCAUUGACUGAAAAUGUUAGAAAAGCCUUUGAAAAAGGUGACCUUGAUGGUGCUAAAAUGUUUUUAGUCAAGAUGAAGUACUAUUCAAACAUACUUGACCAAGUGAAGAAGAAAAUGGUUCCAUAGUAUCUGUGCUCCUGCUGCUUUAGCAUAUUAUGGUAUGGUCACCAGACUUCACCAUGAAAACUGCCUUUCAAGCACCUUACUCCAUUUUUUUUCUUCUCUAAACAAUUAAAGGGAUGACCUGUCCUCUACAUGGAUCACCUGUAUCUGAUCAGUGAGGGUCCGACACCCGGGACUCUCACCGAUCAGCUGUUUGAGAAGGCACCGCCACUCAGAGUAGCGCCGCUCUCUGGUAUCGGAUCUCAGCCCCAUUCACUUCAAUGGAGCAGAACUGCGCCUAGGCCAUGUGAGUGAUGAACGUGACACCACUGGCCUAGACAAAGCUGCGAGAAGGCCGUGAGGGUCACAGGAGCACUGAUGCCUUCUCAAACCACUGAUCGGCUGAGUUCCCGGGUGUCAGACCCCCACCCAUCAGAUACUAAUCUACAGUCUCGGAAAACCCCUUUAAAGAUCUUGACUGGAAUGACCAUUGCUCACAUGUUUUGGUACAACUUUACUGCCCAAGGCUGGAUGACUUCAUUUUAUCUGCUCCAUUUUAAUGUGUGUGGAUUUGACAACUUUAUAUGCAGUGCAAUAAUAUAAUUAAACUAUA